GAGCAGAUUGGUUGAGGAAAUAUAGACACAAUACAUAAGAGAUGUUUCUGUUGACUCGUUAGAUUUAGUCUAGACUAGAUCUAUUUAGAAUAUUUAGAUCUAGAUUUUAAAUCAAUAAUAAAAAAAAAAAUCUCAUCUAGAUAACACAGAUUCUAUAAAAUGACAACCAUAAGACCAUUUAGAUGUGACGAUCUGUUUAGAUUUAAUAAUGUAAAUCUUGAUCCACUUACAGAAACAUAUGGAUUACCAUUUUACUUACAGUAUUUAGCUCAUUGGCCAGAAUAUUUUCAAGUGCUAGAGUCACCCAGUGGAGAAAUAAUGGGCUACAUUAUGGGAAAAGCUGAAGGUUCUGGGGAACAGUGGCAUGGUCAUGUGACUGCCUUAAGUGUUGCUCCUGAAUUUCGACGUCUGGGCCUGGCAGGAAAGCUGAUGAAUGGUUUGGAGGACAUAUCAGAAAAAAAGCAAUGUUACUUUGUUGACUUGUUUGUGAGGGUAUCAAACAAAGUGGCUGUGGCUAUGUAUGAGAAACUAGGAUAUAGUGUGUACCGACGCGUGCUGGAGUACUAUUCAGGAGAAGUGGAUGAGGAUGCUUUUGAUAUGAGAAAAGCACUUUCUCGGGACAAGGAGAAAAAGUCAGUGAUUCCACUGCCCCACCCUGUGCGGCCUGAUGAGCUGGACUGACCAGAUGAAGGACACAGUACUCUUGCAGACAUGUCUGAUCCCCUUUUCAUUGUUAUUUUUAUCUUGGCAGGCUGCCUGUUUUUCCUCCUCCUGGAACUUUAUCUGCAGAAACAAAAGCAGUCAAUGCUAAGAGAUAGGGAACUUUAAGAGAAACAAAACUUAAAUGUUUUACACUUUAUUUUACUACUUAGAAAUUUAUUAGUAGAUCUGUUCAUGACACUCCACCAAUCACAACAUAUUUCUCAAUAGAUUGACUUAGAAAACAAUAUAAAAUUAAAAGUUGCUGGAUGUUCUUUUAAUUUAUAGUUUAGUCCAAAAUAAGUAAACAUUCUACUCUAAAAGCUAAGCCUUUACUGUUUUGGCUCUUCUAUGUUACAUACAUAAAUGUAUAAGUCUGAAACUAUGGUACAUUUCAGGAAGUGUUCAAGGUAAUAUUUUCCUUAAUUGUGUUGCAUCAUAAAUCAUUAAUUUAUAGGGAAAAUAAUAUCCAUAGAAACCUCUAAUUAUAAGAAGCACCAGUCAUUUAUUUAGGUCAGUGAUAAAUUCCAUGCACAGUUGUUUUGAAUCUCAGCAUCUAAUUUUAAAGUAACAAUUAUUAUGUACUGACCUGUAAAAAACAUUGUAAUAAAGUGAAUUGAUUUGACUGAAUAAAUGUUUAAUCAUUUCAAUAAAACUUGGCCUGAACUUAAUAGCAAGUUUACAGUAAAUAGGACUUCAGUAUAAAUGAGUGUAUUAUGAAUAUUAAUAGAAAUCCCCAUUGGACCAUCUAAUUAGUUCUCAGCAAUGAUUUUAACUCUAACAAUUUUUAUCAUUCAUGUUUGCAGUACAAAGUAAUGUGUCCUUAAACAAAAGUCUCCCUUAACUAUCAGGGACAUCACAAGCCUUUGUGUGAUAACAUUUUCAUGAGCAAAACUUCUUGUUCUUGUAUGAAAUUAUUUGCCUGUACAUUCAUGUAACCAUUUGAUGAAAUGUAAAAUACUUUGUUAUUGUAAAAUUGUGGAAAUACAACUGUGUGUGUGUGCAUUAGAAUAAAUGUGUUCAUUCAGUUCUUUGACAACUUGCCUAUAUACUCAAUGAGAGGAAUCUUUUUGUUUUUCUAUGUAAGCAAGGGCACACAACAUUAAUAGCUACUAUAUAACAAUAUUUCCAGCUUUUUUUGUCUAUUUUAAAUAGUCACUCCUUUUGUUUGGUAUUGAUUGUUUAGGAUCUUUUAAGUUUACAUUUAAUAGAUUGAAUUUGAUGAUGUCAACUAGGGCAGAGGUUCUCAAACUUUUUUGACUCUGGGACCCCUAUGUAUAGUCAAAACUUGCCCACAGACCCCAAAUGAAAAAGCUUCAAAAAUACAUAUUAUAUAAGUAAAAAAAUCGAAAAUAAAAUUUUGUUGAAGGAGUGUUUAUUGAAAUAAUGACUUUUGUUUAAAAUAAAUUUAAACAAAUAAAAAAAAUGACUUGAUGAGGUUCAUUAUAUUUUAUGUGUGUAUUUAUUGCCCAGCUCAAGAAGAAGCAAAAAAUUUGUGUCAAUUUCUUUUAUUUGGGAUGUAGCUCAUUACAGCAAUGAAUCUACAUUGUACCAAACAAGAAGACGGGAACUUCUUUAAAAUGACAUGUAAUGAUCAAUUUGUGGUAUCUUUGAUUACACAUUGGUUAGUAUUUAUGUGUAUUUUUCUGUUGUGUUGUUUUUAUAUGAGAAAAAGAGUCCUUGUAAUCACAACACAUUUCUGUAAGGAUCAAUAAAGCAUUCUUAGUCUUA